CGUUCGCGACUAUAUAAUCCUCAUCCAUCCAUCCGUCCUCCAUGUCAGACAGAGCUCCCAUAAUUCUUUUCCGAUCCUUCAAAGAGAUUUCUCUCCUCACUCACUCUUCUCAGUCAAAAAUGGCCAUUCCGGCGGCAACUCUGGCGAAAACUCUCCUGAUUCUAGCAAGCGCGGUCUAUGUUUUGACGGCAAUGAGGUCCGUUCUUCCACUGAUCUAUGAUCUCCGCCCGGUUUUGGACUGGCUCCGGCCGCCGUACGUUUACUUCAUCAUCAACGGGAUCAUCGUCUCCAUUGCGCUUUCUUCUCGUUUCCAGCGCGAUCGCCUUGAGAAGAAACUCUCCGGCCAGUUUUAUCCGUUGGUUACGGCCACCACGCCUCCGCCUGCGGAUUUGGUUGCCUUUGCUCAUCCGGAGAUCAAAUCUGUCGUGGAGGCAUCGUUUGAGGGGCCGUUUGUAGGCGAAUCGGAGCUGAAGCCGGCGGCGGUUGACGGUGCGACGGUGGAAUUCCACGAAGAGAAAUUAGGUGAAGGUGAUGUCAUUAUUGAGAAGGAAGCGGCGGCGGGGAAGGAAAUUGAGACUGAAAUAGCCUGCACCGAUCUGAAGCCGACCGAAUCGGAAUCCCAACUGAUUUUGCAGGCGGCGGAGAAACCUCUCGUCUCUUCGCACUUUGCUCACCGUGGUAAACAGUCCGUGAAAUCCAGCCCGGAUCAAGGUGGCGGUAGAGGUUUGAGGGUGGCGAGGCAGAGGAAGCAGCUGGAGACGCUGGAGAGCACAUGGAAAUCGAUAACAGAAGGGCGUAGUCACGUGCAGCUCACGAGGCGCCUGAAAAAACCCGAUGCCCCUGAGAAUCAACAGAGCCAGAGCCGCCUCAUCGCAGGCGCGGAUGAGGUGGUGGUGAAGCGGCCGUCGCGGAGCCCGGGGGUGAUGAUUCUAAGGAGGGAGCCGUCUCUGAGUCAGGACGAGUUGAACCGGCGGGUGGAAGCGUUCAUAAAGAAGUUCAACGAGGAGAUGAGGAUACAGCGGCAGCAGUCUUUACAGCAGUACAUGGAGACGAUCAAGCGCGCAGGGCUUAACUGAAUUAAUUUUGAAGUAAUUACUCCAUUUUUCGUCCUUAAUUAGCUUUCAUCCAUCACAUUUAAUUAGCUUCAAUUCAUUCAUUUUCGACAUAUAUGCAUGAACAUGAGUACAUGACCAUAUGAUUAGAGGAUUUAGAGCUCACUACCUU